CGUCAGGAUUGCGUCAAUUCGGGUUUCAGCCACGUCUGGAGUCUCAGAGAGGAGCUUUUCAGAAGAGCCAAAACAGGAACAGGGGUGGCAAAUCAUUGUGCGAGGGCGAGUGGACCUCCCUCUUCGCCUCCUCCCUGCUCCAGGCGCGGGUCCCCUGGGCUCUGCGCCGCUGUUCUCAGCACUCAGGAAAGCCGCCUCUUCAGAUCCAGGCAAGUCCAUCUAGCCAGGGAGUUUUCCGUUCAGCACCUCGGACAGAGCACGCAGCAAAAAAAAAAAAAAAAAAAAAAAAAAAAUGGCUCCGAUCGCUACCAGCCGGGAAGAAUUUGAUGAAAUCCCCACAGUGGUGGGGAUCUUCAGUGCAUUCGGACUCGUCUUCACUGUCUCUCUCUUUGCAUGGAUCUGCUGUCAGAGAAAAUCAUCCAAGUCUAACAAGACUCCUCCAUACAAGUUUGUUCAUGUGCUUAAAGGAGUCGAUAUUUAUCCUGAAAACCUAAAUAGCAAAAAGAAGUUUGGAGGAGAUGACAAGAAUGAUGUAAAGAAUAAGCCAGCUGUGCCAAAGAAUUCACUGCAUCUUGAUCUUGAGAAGAGAGAUCUUAAUGGCAAUUUCCCCAAAACAAACCUCAAAGUGGGCAGCCCUUCUGAUCCAGAGAAUGUGACCCCGAAGCUCUUAUUAGAAGGAGAAAAAGAGGCAGUUUCCCCCGAUAGCUUAAAAUCCAGCACAUCCCUCACUUCAGAAGAGAAGCAAGAAAAGCUGGGAACCCUCUUCUUCUCCCUAGAGUACAACUUUGAGAAGAAGGCAUUCGUGGUGAACAUCAAGGAGGCCCGGGGCUUGCCAGCCAUGGAUGAGCAGUCUAUGACCUCUGACCCGUACAUCAAAAUGACCAUCCUCCCCGAGAAGAAGCAUAAAGUGAAAACCAGAGUGCUGAGGAAGACCUUGGAUCCAGCUUUUGAUGAGACCUUCACAUUCUAUGGCAUCCCCUACACCCAAAUCCAAGAGCUGGCCUUGCACUUCACAAUCUUGAGUUUUGACAGGUUUUCAAGAGAUGAUAUCAUUGGAGAAGUCCUUAUUCCUCUCUCAGGAAUUGAAUUAUCUGAUGGGAAAAUGUUAAUGAACAGAGAGAUCAUCAAAAGAAAUGUUAGGUCUUCAGGACGGGGUGAGCUACUGAUCUCCCUCUGCUAUCAGUCUACUACAAAUACUCUCACUGUGGUUGUUUUAAAAGCUCGACACCUUCCUAAAUCUGACGUUUCUGGACUUUCAGAUCCCUAUGUCAAAGUGAACCUGUACCAUGCCAAAAAGAGAAUCUCCAAAAAGAAGACUCAUGUGAAGAAAUGCACCCCCAACGCAGUAUUCAAUGAACUGUUUGUCUUUGAUAUUCCUUGUGAGGGUCUUGAAGAAAUAAGUGUUGAAUUUCUGGUUUUGGAUUCUGAAAGGGGGUCCCGAAAUGAGGUGAUUGGGCGGUUGGUCCUAGGUGCAACGGCUGAAGGAACCGGUGGGGAGCACUGGAAGGAGAUCUGUGACUUCCCCAGGAGACAAAUUGCCAAGUGGCACAUGCUCUGUGAUGGUUAGCAUCCUAGCCAUGAGUUGGAACUUAAGGGUUUUUACUAGGCAAGGAGAAUUUUUUUUUUCUUAUAUGUGAUUGUAAGCUUGUGACACAACAAGCCACCUUUUGUUGGUAAGAAAUGGAUUGAAUUAGUAGACCAGAAAGUAACUGUAAAUGUGCAUCAUGAUAAUUUCCCCCUUUAGUAGCAAAGUUGGAUAAAUUUUCAUAAGAUAUUUGAUUUCCCCUGCAGGUUGUCAGUGACAUAAAUAGGGAUGGUCAAUCCUGUUGUGAACACUGUACUACAAUCCGAGUCAUGGUUUGGAUCUAGAGGGUGAUGAUUCAUUACAAUGUCACUGAAAGUCCAGGUGAUUUUUUUAAGUUUUAAAACUGAAAAUCAUGCCUUCGCUUAUGAAAAUUCAUCCGUUUCUUCAAGUUGGGGAAAUGAAAUUUUAUUUAAAUCCAAAGAUAUUAAAGACAUGUUUUCUAGUUUCUAUUAAUUAUGUCAAACACAAAUGGUUGUCCUGCAUAUCAAAGUAUCUGGUCAUUUCUCUUUGGUUUGUAAGUAUUUGAUACAAUUUUAUCUUAAGAGAAAUAACAGGCUCAUUUCCAAAGGACAAUGAACAACCUGAGAAGUUAUUUUAUCAAAGGGCUGAGUUGAGAACACUGUGGCUGAAAUAUGAUUUUUUUUUUCGCUUCUUUAAGGUUACAUGUGAGUCAAAUGUAAAAUAGAAUCUCACAUAAGAACCACAGCCUUGAAUUAUUCACUGCCUGUCACAAGCCUCAGUGUGACCUAAGAAACCCCUGUUUACCUUUGUGAAAUCGUCAAAUUAGCUAGUGGAUAAAGAGAUAAGAUUCAGGUAGAGAUUCAACUAGAAACAUGGUUUUCUUGUAGGAGAUAUGUACAGUAUACAAAUGUACUCUCAAGGCCAUCCUUUGUACCCAAGUGGGCAUGGUCCCCUGAGUGUUGGCUUAAUUCAUUCUCCCCCAGAAAGGAUUAAGCUAUUUGAAAAGGGAAGGAAAUGAAGGGAAGGAAACAAAGGGGAGAGAAGAAGGAACGGUGAGGAUUGGGUGGAAGGAAAGAAGGAAGAAAAACGGACUGUGAAGUUUUAUACAUUGCCAGAUUGAAACUAACAAAUCAAGUAACAAGUCGAAAAAAAUAUAGAGUAAGCCUGACAUAAUUUACAUGUUCACAAAAUAUACUUAGGCUGUCAAAUUAGCAAAACAAAGUGUGCUUUUCACUAUGUUUUCUAGGCUCCUAGGUCUUGAGCUGUUGUCUGUAAAGCAGUUUAGAGACUUGUGUCUUGUACCAUUUUCCAGUGCCAGGGUUCUGAAAUGCACUCAAAACCUGUUAGAGGAAAGCAGAGCCCUGCGAUUAUCUGGAAAGAAUUCACUGGAGGGUAAUGUCACAAUAUUUGAGUUUUUAUAGACGUAUGAGUGAAACUCGGGUACGGCUGAAUUAUUAAAUAUGCAAGUUAGAAAUAAAGUCUACUGGAAAAUUUACACUUGGAGUCAGGUUUUGUGUCAGUACUUUAACAGUUUUUGAGAAUGUGUUUGAUAUUCCAGUGUUUGUAAAUUCUAUGAACAUGCAUUUUCCUAACAACUUCUACAUGCUUUUUAUGACAAUGCCUAAUGUAAAGAAAAUGUAUUACAUUCUGUACGUGCAAAGAUCGAAAAUCAACCACUUUUUGUGCUUUAAGAUGACUUUGAGACUAAAAAUGAACAUUCCCCAGCCAUGGUCUUCAUUCCAUAUGAAGUCAUUCCACAGCAUCUUGGUCUCCUCAGCUUUUCUGUGAAAGCAACAUGAACUUCAGACAGUGUGGAGCUUGGGGAAGCCAAAUGGCCUUUUUAAUGUAUGUAUGUUCGGUAUCAUGGGCCAUGGGAUAUGAGGUAUUUUGGAGCUCUGAAAAGUUGUGAGGAGUCAAUUUCCAGUAUCCUACACAGCAGCCAAUGGUAAUACCAGCCUUCAGUAUGAUUAUUGGAAGAGGGCUUUUUUCUUUUUCUUUUUUUUUAAGUGGAACAACAAUGAAUGAACAAUUGAAAUUACAAUGGAUGAUUUGUAAAUAGUUUUUAGUUUUUAAAAUUUAAAGUGUUUUAGAGUGUGAAAAGUUGAGUGAAACUAUUUACAACGGGUAAUAAAAGAAAGAAGAAAAGCAAGAAAGGAAUCCAAACAGGCAGGGAGAUAUGUGAUCUCAUCAUUUUUGAAAAUUGUACUGUUUUAUAAUGUAUUACAAUAUCAAUGUGAAUAUCUUGAAUUCUGUUACAAAUCCUGCACUGUAUUAAACAUGUAAAUUAAUCGUUUGUCUGAUUAGCCAAUCUAACCACCCUCAUGGGGAGGUAUCCAUGUUUGAAGAACUGUGUAACUCAGUAACUGACUUGUUCUGAUGUUGUAGCUCAAUAGAAGUGAUUUGGAAGGAAGCAUGGUUCACAAGAUGGUGUCUGUUCUUUUGUGCCAGCUCUGUAUGAUGUUCGUAAGACCAUGUUUGUAAGACAUGAAUAAACUGCUACUUUUGCCCAACCCAUUUCAACUCAGACUUUCUGCCAAUGGACUCUGAAGUGAACCUUUUCUUACUGUUACAUGAGCUUUCAAGCUUCUUUAAUAGGUCACCUGUGAUACUUUAGGGAAAUUUAGGGACCAAGCAACAAAUCUUCCAUAUACUUUUAUUUUGCUUAAUGCUUAUUACAAUCAUCUGGAACAAAUAUAAUCAUACCUAAAAUAAACAAAUGCACGGUAUGAUGCCUCAUGCCUGGCAAUUUUGGAGGCUGAGGCAGGUGUAUCACAGGUUUGAGGCCAGCCUCAGCAACUUAGAUAGGUCCUGUCUCUAAGUUAAAAAAAAAAAAAUUAAAAGGUGAGGGUGCUGGGGAUGUAAUGCAGUAGUAGAGCAUCCCUGAGUUCAAUCCCCAGAAAUGCAGUGAGUGGAUGAAUAAAAAAAUAAGAAAUGACUUGUACAUGAACUUAAACAAUAGUUUUAUUUUAAAUAGUAAAACAUGGGAAUCAACUCCAAUGUUCAUCAACAAAUGAAUGGAUGAAUAAAUGUGGAAAAUGUAUGCAAUGCAACAUUACUCAGCGGUGAAUGAAACUUUAAUAUACACAGACACAUUUUCAAAUUUGGCAGUAAUUAUGCUGAAUGAAGAAGGCUGGACAUCCCUUCACCCCUUGAAAAUGUACAAUAUAUAAUAUAAUUAUUUGUUUUUAAAGAGAGAGAAGUUUUUAAUAUUUACUUUUUGGUUUUUGGUGGACACAACAUCUUUAUUUCAUUUUUAUGUGGUACUGAGGAUCGAACCCAGUGCCCCGUGCAUGCCAGGCGAGCACGCUACCACUUGAGCCACAUCCCCAGCCCUAUAAUAUAAUUCUAUUUAUAGAAAUUAUACAAAAUGCAAACUAAUCUGUAGUGAUGAAAAACAGAUCAGUGUUUGGGGAUGAAGAGGCAGCAUGGAAAGGUGUGAGUGAAAGAUUGAAAUAGGUUAGGAAAAUGCAUUUGGGAUAACAGAUGCGCUAAUUUCCUUGAUUGUGGUGGUAGUGUUAUAGGUGUAUAUCUAUCAAACGCAACACUUUCAUGUAUGCAAUUUAUUAUACACAAAUUAUACCUCCAUAAAGUUGUUAAGGGGAAAAACAUACAGAAUAAGCCAAUUAUAAUCAAAUCACAAAAGAAAUACCAGUACCAACAUUACCACCAGAAUUGUGACAUCUGAAGAUCAAAUUAUAUAAUAUCCUUUAGAUCGGGUCUCUGUUCCUAAAAUACAUCUUCCUAGAAAUGUGUGUUUAUAUUACUGCUUCAUAAAAGCAACUAAGACAGUAACUUUGUCAUGAUGCCAUCAAGUCAUUUUUUAUUUAAAUACAACUUGUGUUAGGUUUUUAUUUCUAUUUUUAAGAAAUUUCUGUUUAAAUCUCAUUUUGUUUUGCAGUUUGUGAAA